AACUGGGUGAAACUGAUAAUACUGGUGAAAAUGGUGAUACUAGUAAAACUGGUAAUACUAGUAAAAAUGGUGAUAUUAGUAAAACUGGUAAUACUUGUGAUAUCGGUGAAACUGGUGAUACUGGUGAAACUA